CAGAGCAAGAGAGAGCGUGGAAGACGCCAUGGAGCUGGGGAACUACGAGCCAACCCCACAGCCCCUGUCGCACAAGGCGACCACAAAGAUGGGGAAGCUCAUGCGCAGGGCCGCACGGCGGAUGUCGCUGUCGCCGCCGGUGACCCGCAGAGCCGACCGUGCCACGCCCACGCCCACUCCUCCGGUGAACGCUGGUGUGGGGAUGGCAAGGUGCACAAGGGCCGCUGCUGCCGAUCAUGCCGCUCAGCUGCAUGACGUCCCUGUCACCACCGCUGCUCCUCCUCCGGCGAAGCCGCAGAACAAGGACGAGCAGCCCCAGCUGACCGGGCUGCUGCUGAACUUCACCGGCCCCAACGCCGUCCCUCCGGCGACCGACCUCGUCGAGAUCUUCAGCCGGUUCGGGCCUGUGGUGGAGGCCAGGCCGGAAGGCUUCUCCGUCGCCGUGGUGAUCUUCGAGAGCAGCCUGGAUGCCGCGGCGGCGUUCGCGGGCACGGCCAAGAUCGGCGCCCUCAGCCCCAACCUCAUCAGCUUCCGCCUCGCCUACUCGCUGUCCGCUCCCGCCGCGCAGGUCGAUGAUUCUCCACAGAGCCCCAUGAACGCCGAUGAGAUGGAUCACCUGCUUGAUGAGGCUGAGGGAAUGGAUCUCCUGGACCUCCUGGCAGUCGAAGCUCUUCACUAGCUGGCUCGCUCAGGCUAUUUUGGAUAUGAGAAGGCAAUGGAAGAGUUUACAUGUUCAAAUCAAGCAAGGAAUUUUUGGAUCACUAGGUGAUGAUAACCUGUAGCAGGAAACAUAGUUCAGGAAGUAGUCAGUUGUGUUGCAUCCAUGUGGGGUGGUGACGUAGUAGCAUCACACAUCAGUUUCAUCUUUUUGGCCUGUCUUCUACUACAAACUGUUGUUUCACUUACGGCAUGUUUAGUGAGUUAUCUGUGGUGCAAAGACAUCUAAGCCGAUGAUGAUUCAUAUCCUAUCUAUCCAUUUGGACCGUUGAUGUA